CACUGUGCAAAUGAGCAUGCAACAGACAUCCCAAAUCUGCCUAAAAUGCUGGUAUUUACAGAGCAGGGCUCUAGGACCCGGAGACGUCAGGAUGGUGGUUCUUGAUAUCAGUCUACCAACUGGAUUCACCCCAGAAAACUCUGACCUGGAGAUGCUGUCCAAUUCAGUGCAUCGUUACAUCAGUAACUUCCAGAUUGUAGACAACCUGAGUGACAGAGGCUCCCUGAUCAUUCACCUGUUCAAAGUAACAUCACUGUAUUUAUAAUUAUUAUUCUAUAUCAUAUCAUUUUAUGUUAUUCAUAUGCUUUUCUUUUUUUUCCAAGAAGCAGGUUUCUCAAUGCUCAGUAAAUAAGUCUUUAUGACGACAGUCAACAAUCUGAGGCAGUUUUAGGCUAUUACACAAAACCAGCUUAUUGGUACCAAAGCCACGGUUCAGAACUCAGACUUGCUAAAUCAGUGUUAGUGUAGUGCAGUGUAGGGCUGCAGCCAGAGUACUGACGAUAGUUAGCAAGAGAGAUCAUAUUUCUCCUAUGCUGGUUUCUCUUCAUUGGCUUCCUGUGAAAUGUAGAAUAGAAUUCAAAAUCCUUCUUCUGACAUAUAAAGCUCUUAACAACCAAUCUCCAUCAUAUCUUAAAGACCUACCUGAUAAUGGUACUAUCAUGUCUUUAUCCUAGCAGAACUCUUCGCUCUCAGACUGCAGGCUUACUUGGAGAAGUGACCUGUAACUUCUCUCUAAAAGUAGAAUGGGAGGCAGAGCCUUCAGUUAUCAGCUCCUCUCCUGUGGAACCAGCUCCCAGUUUGGGUUCUGGAGGCGGACACCCUCUCUAUUUUUAAGACCAGGCU